CUAACGUAUCACACAUGUACUUCACUUCUCUAAGCAGAUUCAAGUCCAGCAAUGAUAUUGUUCUUUUGGUCAAUACGUUUAUCCUCAUGGCGUAGCAUGCAUGCUAAGGUAGUACAUCCAUAUCUGUCUGGACCUCAUUCAACCUUAUACAACAGGUUCUUCCCAAUGCGACAGGUGGAACCGUGGACAUUUCGUAUAUCCCCCCUGAUAUUUCCUGCCGUCCCCCCAUCAUCCACGUCAAGACCCAAAUGCUUUUCCCGUUGUCCUGCGAAUGCUGCUUCCAGGUAUGCCAAACUCCGCCAACUUUUUAAUUCAAUCGUGCAAUAGCGAAUAAUCGAGCGCUCACUGAGGGGGAUCUAGCUCCGUGAGACUCGUUCGCCGGGUGGUAUGUGUGUGUGAAUAAACAAUAUGUGUCGAUAAUAGAAGUAGUAAGGUCAUUUCCGUUUCCCUGCCUGUAAACGCCGGUGACCAGUGUGGUGUCGAAUGAUGUGUAAACCGAUGGA